CUCCACCAAUCCCCGCAAGGUGCUGCGCUCCCUCCUCUCCAGGUCCGCCCUCCAGCCCCGCCCACCAAUCCCCGCUGGGGGCGGCACCCUCGGUCCCGCCUCUACCGGUAGAGCCGUAGCUGCACCAGCCUGCUGGCUUUCAAGUGUCCCCAGGAACGCCGCGGUUCAGAGUCUGGGCCAGGUACUGCCAAUACCUGCGAGGGGGAGAACGCGGAAAGGGAGACCCGCGGAAGCCGAGAACCAAGGUAUUCUAGGACUCGACCAAGGCUUGAUCAAGCCCCGCCUGAUUGCAAAGCGGGGCUUUGGGGAAUAGGUGUGCAGCCUGGUGCAGGGCAAGGCCUGGGGAAGAUCUUAGGAACCCGGGACUCUGGAGCAGGGCUUCAGAGGGUGCGCAGGAGUGUACGUCCACAGGCGCGUUACAGGAGCUGGAUUGGGUCGUGGAGAGGCGCCGGCGGUGGGAAGCCGUCCUGCAACAAGGAGCGGCCCUCUGAGGCAAGGAUGGGGUGGUUGCCAGAAGCCCACCCCCCCAGGCCUCCCCAAAGGCAAUCUUUCUGGGCUCCAAAGCAGAGGAGCCAGGACUCUGCCGUCUUAGGGUCCCCUCCUACAUGCUCUAGUCUCCCAGUUCCUGUCUAUUCCCUGGACCUCUUUAGCCCUUCGGUACCCACCUUGGUUCCUGGGUCCUCUACUUUUGACCGUUCAACCCCUGGCAUCUCCUGGUGCCCCCCUCCCUCCAGCUGCAUCGUGGGAGCUGAGCAGAGGCAAACUGAGUUGUUUAAGAUCCAUUUGUUAUUGAGAGACAUAAAACAGUCAAGGACGGGGAUAGCUCAGUGAUAGUGUGCUUGCCAAGCUUGCUCAAGGCUCUGGGUCCAAAUCCCAGCACAGAAAGGAAGGAAGGAAAACAGUCAACUAAAACUUCAAAUCACCCUACAAAUCUGUGAAGCCAAACCAUCUGUUGUGGAUUGAAUAGAUAAGGUGAAAUCCUACCCCCUCCAUUCCUGGGAAUGCAGCCUUUUCUUGGAGGUAGUUUUUGGAGAUGUGAUCAAAUAAGGAUGAGGCUAUUUAGGUGGGUCUUAAACCAAUGUCCAGUGUCCCUAUGAGAUGCAGAGACACAGACACAAUGGGAGGACAUUUCUGUUGUGAGACAACCGUCUGGUGUGGCCACAGCAGCUCUAGGAAUUGAAUACACUACUCAAUAGGAGGAAAAAAAAAACUUCGUGGCAAACUUUCUAGCCUGACCAUUUGGUCAGAUUAGAAAGAAUUUGACAAUUUGGUCAGAUUAGAAAAGAUUCUGAAAACUACAAUGUGGCAAAAAAAGAAAAGGUGUUCUGGAAACUUCUACACAAUGGGGAUAAUUCAAGAUGAAAUGCUGAGAUUUUGCUUAUAUUCAUAAAGUAUAUGCACCAAUGCCUUUUAAAACUAGGCAUAUCAAGAUUGAAGAGCUCUAUUUCCACAAAUUGAUACAAAUAUCACUACAAAUAUGUUCAAAAGGAAUGUUUUCAUAAUAUUAAUAUACUGAAAAUAUUUAGGAAUAUUAAAGUUUGUGGUAAAUUGGCAAGCCUGGCAAAUUUAGCAGACUAAUAACUUAGGAAAUGAAUCCUGUAAAUCACGGUGACUUGCUAAGUGGGAACAAAUCUCCAGGAAUGUCCCCACAGAAGGCAUGUUCCAGCUAUACCUCAGCAGCCGGGAGGGGGCUCCAGAGCCAAAUCUCCGAGUGACUACAGCAUGGCAAUGGAGGUGGUGGCACUUGGGACAAUUUGGGGACCAGUAUGUUAGUUCAGUGGGGUACAGGAAUGAAGUCUGAUGUAGGAGACUUUAGAACAGAAAACCCACCUCAAAAACCCUCCAGUAAGGAGCCGAGGGGCGUUCAGGUUUGGUUGGAUGCUGUGAUCCAACUUUCCCCAUUUCCUUUGCUUUCACCUAAAGCUGGCUUCCCCUUUGGGCCUUAAGGAGAGAACAGAGGUGCCUUCCCAAUUCCUCCCUGCUAUUGGCCCAUAUCAGAGACCAGACCUAAUCCUGCAGCAGUGAAGAGUAUGCCCUUCAUUGAUUUGCAGGAGCAAUCAGAACCUCUCCUGGAGCUGGUAGACAGGGAAUCUCCAUCUCACUGGAUGAAUCCCAUGAACUCUAGGGGGAUACCAUUCCCUCCUCAUCCCAGGAAAGGAGGCCCCUUCCUUGGGAUGGAGAAGAGGGAAAUGGAUGCUGGUAAGGCCUCCAGGGAAUGAGACUGCAGCCAGUGAAGAUUGGCUUCAAGAUAUUUGAGUAUUUAGCUCAAAAGGGACCCAGGUUGCCAUAACGAUCUGACAAGUUGUCAACAAUUGGUACCUGCAGGAGAGAAUGCAGACCACUAGAAGACUGUACAGACACAUUUUGUGCGAUAUCUGUAAGACUAGGUUGGGGGAAGGAUGAAGAAUGAUUUCUGGCAGAAUGAUUUCAAAUCUAAGAAAAGCACAGAGAGGAAGAGGAACUGUUUUUACUAUUAUUACAAUAAAAUUGAAACUACAAUCAACUAAAUGUCUGUGAGGCUAUGAGUUGCUCUUCACUGUAACUGUUCCCUGAGAAAUACUAAAUAUCAGAAAAAUCGACUGAAGAGAUCUUCUCUUUCUUGUUUUUUCCAUACUGAGGAUUAAACCCAGCAGGAGUGCUUAACCACUGAGCAACAUCCACAGUUCUUUUUGAGAAAGUGUUUCACUAAAUUGCUGAGGUUGGCUUUGAAUUUGCAAUGCUCCUGUCAGGCCUCCCGAAUUGCUGGGAUUACAAUCAUGUGCCACAACGCUGGGAUGAAGAAAUCCUAAAAGACUCUAAAUAAGUUUAAAAAGUCAUUAAGAAAAACAGAAAUAAUCCCGUCCUAUGAAGAAAUGACAAAAAGCUAAUGGUAAAUAGUUUUACUUUAUAUGAACCAUGUUUUGCAAUAAAAAGGGACAUAAACUCAAAGAUGACAAAGGACAAUUUAUUAGGAAAUAGAUAAAGGUAUAACGCUGCAACAAUAACAAAAACCCACAGGAGGAUAUCAUUACCGUAGAAACAUGUAUGAUUGUAUGAAGGUGUAACCCUACUUCGUGUACAACCAGUGAAGUGAAAAAAUGUACUCCAUUUGUAUACAAUGAAUCAAAGAGCAUUCUUCUGUCAUGUAUACCUGAUUAGAAUUUAAAAAAAAAAAACCCACAGGAAACCAAGUGGCCUUCUGUCAAUAGCCCAUAGGACAACCACGAGGUCCUUAUGAAAGCCAGAAGGACGCUGGUCAGUGUUGGAUUAGCUACUCCUUGAUCCAGUCCAUGUCCACGUCUACCAACCACCCUUCCAGCACAGGGCCGCAUGGCUCAAGCUAGUAGGGAACACUGUGGGGUCCUGAGACGCCCGCUUUCCGCCAAUCAGAAAGCAGGCGCAAGGCCCCACCCACGCCACGGCCAAUCGGAGUCAAUGCCAGGCCACGCCCAACCCACGGCCAAUCAGAGAGCCAAUGCUAGGUCCCGCCCUAGCCACCCGCAGCUGACCCUAACCUUAACCCCGCCCGGCGGGCCCAGGCGCGGGCGGGACCUCGGCCCUAAGUAGACCCUCGGGGCGGUCACCGCGAUGAGCCCGGAAAGAGCUGCCCACAGCAGGUCCCCCGAGGUCGCGCCGCCGACGUUCACGCUCGUCGCCCCCGCGCUCUUCCUCGGCAAUGCGCGCGCCGCGGGCGCCACGGAACUGCUGCAGCGCUCGGGUAUCACGUUAUGUGUCAACGUCUCCCGCCUGCAGCCCGGCCCAAGCGCGCCCGGAGUGGCCGAGCUGCGGGUGCCCGUUUUCGACGACCCGCACGAGGACCUGCUGGUGCAUCUGGAGCCCACCUGUGCCGCCAUGGAGGCCGCGGUGCGCGCCGGUGGCGCCUGCCUGGUCUACUGCAAGAACGGUCGCAGCCGCUCAGCCGCUGUCUGCACUGCCUACCUCAUGCGAUACCGCGGCCUCUCCCUGGAACGGGCCUUUCAGACUGUCAAGAUCGCCCGCCCGGUAGCCGAACCCAAUCCGGGUUUCUGGUGUCAGCUCGAGAAGUACGAGCAGAUCAUCCAGGCCCAGGCCCGCCAGGCCCGGGAGCCCGCUGACCCCGGAAGUGCGCGACAUGGACCCCAGCCAGCCGCGCGGUAGCCUUCAGAAGCCGGGCGGGAAGGGCGUUUGCUAAGGAGAGGCGGGACGUGCCCUGGUCACCGCCGCGGCUGGGCUCCACUUCCCCCAAGCCGCGUCUUCCCGAAGUGCAGUUCAAAGGAGGGGACUGGGAAUCCGCUGCCAAGACCGACCAUCUCUUCCUCUCA